AAAUUUGGCGGGGAGACUGACGACCUAGGAGGGAGAUUCAGAUGCGGUCCUUCCUCUUAUCCUGCAGGAUUUCCAUCACCAUCGGAGGUCCCUGGCCAAAACCCUGACUGUCCUCUUGAGUGGCUGCCCCUCCACUGGCCCACCCUCCACUCCCUCCACCCCUCUACCAUGGGCAAGCCAAAAAAGGGAAAGGUGCCACAAGUGUCAAACCAACAGAGGAUAACUUCAUUCUUCACCGCUGCCGCCCCGUCCCAGCCAGCAAAGCGACCGGCACAGCACAAUGUCGGCGUGUCACCCACCGCCAAGAGGGACUGCACCUCCCCCACCACCGGCAAGGAGAAUGAACUACAGUCAUGCAAGAAGAGCCUCUCGGAUGACUUUGGGCUUAACACUCCUUGGCAGAGCCCCACACUGCUGAAGACCAAUGGCAGCAUGGGUAAUGGAGGGACAGGCAGCGGUGCAAGUCUAGCUAGGAAUCCAAGCAGUGUGAGGAACAGGAAUGGUUCUCAGGGCACCAGGAGUGUGUUGUCCAGCCUGAGUAAGUCUGUGGCAAGGAAUGUUCCUGUGAAGCGUCCUGCAGUGAAGGCCGCCACUAAGGAGACUGUCUUCCUGUCUGACUCAGAUGAUGUGGGUGAGGAGGAGGAGUUCUCAGUGUCAGAGUCUUCUUGUGACAAGUUGAAUACCUUACCAAGACUCAAUCAAGGGAAAGAUAAUGUCAACACCCUGUCAGAAUCCCAAACCUCGCAUGAGAACACAGGGCCAAGAAAACCAAAAGAAAAAGAUAAAGAUAAACAGUCCACAUCCCCAUCAAACUCCUUGGACCUGGGCAGCGUGUCUGAGUUUGGGAAGCUGAGUAAUGGUAAAGAGGAAGAGGAGGAAGAGGUGGCCAUGAUGUCUGAUGGCUCUGAGGACUUAUUUAGCACACCACACCAGACCAAACCCAAAGACCACAAGGUGAUAUGCGAUAGAGUGGCCGUGUGGAAAGCUGCCUUGAAACAUGAGUAUGUGAUAGGAGGCAACGAUGAUGAGGUGACAUGUGGCAUUGACAACAUUACACCUCAACUCAUUACAAGUCACAUAACUUCUGAGGGUCAUGAGGGCACUGUCAGGGCUUCCCAGGGCACUAAACUGGAGGAGAAUCUUAAUACCACCACUGAAAUCACCAAGAGUUCACAGAAAUCUGGCAAUAGAGACAAUGAUACCGGUGCUUCUAAUGAAACCACAGACAUGAAGAGCUCACAGGAAUCCAGCACUAGUGAGAAUGAUGCCUUUAACACCACCACAGACAUCAAAAGCUCACAGGAAUCAAGAACUAGUGAGAAUGAUGCCUUUAACACCACCACAGACAUCAAAAGCUCACAGGAAUCAAGAACUAGUGAGAAUGAUCCCUUUAACACCACCACAGACAUGAAGAGCUCACAGGAUUCCAGUAUGAGUGAGGAUCUUAGCAGUGACAUCCUCCAAGCCUCACAGGGGUUUGGAAUGAAGAGAAACACCACAGAUACCAAAGAGGCUAAAACGUGCAUUUCCAACAGUCAACACCACAAACUUCCUGGAAAUGACACUGCUGACACCAUGAAGGGCUCCAGUGAGGUGGUGUUAAGGGAAGUGGAGGAUGUGGAAGAUGUGGAGGAUGUUAAGUGUUGCAGUACCUCAGGAAACGCUAAGGUAAAAACGGAAGGGAAGUUUGAUGAGGGCCCAGGGUGUCUCAGUGUUGGCGGGAAGAGUAGCGGCGACAAGACUCCAAGGAAACUUUCUACCGAUGAGGAGAAUGACUGUCUUGAUAUCCUGGAGAUGUUCGGGGAGAUGUCGCCCUUCAAGGAAAAGACGGAUGCCAAACCUGCUCACGGAUUGUUGAGUGAUCAGAUAGUCAAGAAAUUUUUGGACGAAGGAAAGCACAAGGAGUCGUAUGUGUCCCAGGGCAGCUUUGGGCGACAUCUGGUGGUGGUGGCAGAGAGAGACACCUCAACACGCACCAUACACCUUGAACUGCUGUCACCGGAGAACGUCAAGAGAACCUGUACUCUGGCUGGCACGUGGUCUGACACAGUGGUGCGUGAUGGAGACAUUAUUCACAUCUUGCUUACUAAUCCAGUGGACGGUCACUAUCACAUCGACAACAACCAGGGACUGGUGGUGGUGCACCCUGACCUGCUAGUGAGCAGCACCAGCGUGGCGGCGGGUGUGUUCUGCCGCCGCCGCGCCGUGCUGGCUGAGUGGCACCGCGGGAUGGAGCCGCCCUCAGUGAUCAUGACGGUUGGGUCGCUGGUGCACGAGCUGUUCCAGGAGGCGGUGGUGGAGGCUUCGCAGGGUGGGGCGGGGCAGCUCUCCGAGGGGCGGCUGCAGGCCAUGGUGGACGGCCUGCUGGGCCGCCCGAAGGUCCUGGAGGACCUGUACCGCCUGAACCAGACAGUGGACACCCUCAGGCAGGAUGUGGCCGGCUUCAUCCCCAAGGUUUUGGCAUGGUGUGGCCGUUACCUGGGCCGAGGAGGGCCAGGGCAGGGCGGGGCCUCCUACAAAUGGCAGGGCAGGAUCACCCACGUGGAAGAGGUGGAGGAGAACAUCUGGUGUCCACGCCUGGGCCUGAAGGGCAAGGUGGACUUGGUGGUGCAGGUCGAGGGUGGUGGUGGUGGUCUGGCCACCUUGCCGCUGGAGCUGAAGACAGGCCGGGCCAGCUUCUCGCCGGAGCACUGUGGCCAGCUGGCCCUGUAUGCCAUGAUGGGCACCGACCGGCGGCCAGACCCCGGGGCAGGGCUGCUGCUGUACCUGCGGGAGGCUGCCAUGGAGAAGAAGGUGGCCCAGGCCAAGGAGCGCCGGGACCUCCUGUGCCUCAGGAACGACCUAGCCACACACCUGGCUGCCCGGCCCCAGCCUGCCCAGGCUGCAGGGGAGGAGCCCGGCCUGCCCCCCCUGCCAACCCCCAUUGCCCAUGAGAGAGGGUGCCAGCAGUGUCCACACAAGGUGACGUGUGCCGCCCACCAGGUGCUGCGUGGUGAGGUGCCCGCUGCCCCACACCCCAUGGCAGACCUAGUGCCCCAACACACAGCACACCUCUCCCCAGAACACUUGGACUACUUCCGCCACUGGUGUCUGCUCCACCAGCUGGAGGCGGCCCAGAAGGUCGGUGGAGGCGGUGCGUUGUGGUGCCGCAACGCUGCCCGGCGGGAGGAGGAGGGGGAGUGCUUGGCCUGGCUGGUGCUGGCCACCACUCCUCCCAGUGAGGUCCACCGUGGGUGUUUCCUCCACACGCUGGUGCGGGGCCGGCGCCACCCUGGGUCGGCCAUCCCCCUGGCCAGUGUGGGGCUGCAGGUUGGGAGCAUGGUGAUUGCCUCCUCCACCACAGUGCUGGCGCUGGCCUGUGGCACAGUGAAGGGCUUCAAGGACGGGGCGGUGCUGGCCGAGCUGGACCGGCCCCUGCAAGGUGGCAUGGCCCACCACUACCACCUGGACCUCAAUUCCUCCACAAACUUCCUACGGCUCCCCAUGCAGACCCUGGGCAAACUGCUGUUGCCGGAGCCCCGGGCCGAGGUGCUGCGGCGCCUGGUGGUGGACAGGGGCGCCCCGGCCUUCAAGAAGCGUGUGCCCUCCAGGGUGCUGGAGUGCAAGCCCCUGCUGGCCCACCUGAACACGGCACAGAAGCGUGCGGUGAUCCGGGCACUGGCGGCAGAGGACUAUAUGCUGGUGCAGGGCUUCCCAGGUACCGGCAAGUCCACCAUGCUGGCCACCAUGGUGCGGGUGUUGCUGCAACUCGGCCGCUCCGUCCUCAUCACCGCCUACACCAACACGGCCCUGGACAGUCUGCUGCUCAAGCUGCACAAGCUGGGCAUAGACUUCAUGCGUGUGGGGCGCUCAGACAGGGUGCACCCCGACCUGGCCAGCCACACGGACCAGGCACGGACCAGCCAGGUCACCAGCGUGGAGCAGCUGACGGAGCUGUAUGCCGGUCAGCGCGUGGUUGCCGCCACAUGCCUCGGCCUCGGCCACUGCAUAUUCUCCCGCCGCACCUUUGACGUGUGCAUUGUGGACGAGGCGGCCCAGGUGCAGCAGGUGGCGGCCCUCGGCCCACUGUUCCUGUGCUCCGCCUUUGUGCUGGUGGGGGACGACAAGCAGCUGCCGCCGGUGGUGAGCAGUGAGAGCGCCGCGCUGCACGGCAUGGCAGAGACACUGUUUGAGCGGCUGUGCUCCCCUGUCACCGUCACACUCACUGAGCAGUACCGCAUGAAUGGACCCAUCAUGACCCUGGCCAACCUCCUCACCUACAACAACCAGCUCACCUGUGCUACCCCACAGCUGGAGCAGGCCACCCUGGACCUUCCACACUACCAGAGGCUGGUGGGGGAGGGGGCCGUGGCACCGUGGCUGCAGCGAGUGGUGGCACCCACACUAGAGGGAGCCGUGGUGCUGGUGGACACUGUCGGGGCCACUGAGGAGGCAAGGGUCAGUGGCUCCACACUGGCCAAUCACAGGGAGGCCAGACUGGUGAUUGAGGUGGCCAGAACACUUUUGAAGGCGGGUCUUGGUGCCAGCGACAUUGGUAUCAUUGCACCAUACCGAGGGCAGGUGAGGCUGGUGAAGAAGUUACUGGUGGAGGAGGUGGAGGAGGAGGACGUGGAGAAGGUGGAGGUGAACACAGUCGACCAGUACCAGGGCAGGGACAAGAUGGCUAUCAUUUGUUCAUUUGUGCGCUGCGGCAAAUCCAGUGAUAAGCCAGCGGGGAUCCUAACAGACUGCCGGAGACUCAACGUGGCCUUAACUCGAGCCAAAAGGAAGCUAAUUCUCAUUGGCGACCGGGCAACGCUGACACGCUACAGUUCCUUCUCCUCCCUCAUGAAGGUCCUCGCCCCCCACCAGGUGUACUGCCUCGCCCAGGGCACUGACGGAUUCCAGUGGCAGGGGGAAGAGGAAAAGUGCCAGGGUGUAGAGUUGAUGGAGGGAAACAGUUGUGUGAAGGUGUUGUCAUUAUGAGAGUGGCUGGUUUAGGUGAUGAUGUAGGUAGAUGUUUGUGUUAAGGUACUGUCAUUAUUAGUGGCUUUUGGUGACAUGUAUAAAGAGAAGAUAGUUGUGUGAAGAUUUACAUGUUUGGUGACAUGUAAAGACAGAAGAAAGUUGUGUUAAGGUACUGUCAUUGUGAGAGUGACUGGUUUUGGUGACAAGUAAAAAGGAGAAGAUGGUUGUGUGAAGAUGUCAUUGUGAGUGUGGCUUCUCCUAAUGACAUGUAAAGACAGAAGAUAGUUUUGUUGAGGUACUGUCAUUGUGAGUGGCUGGUUCUGUUGACAUGAAGCAGAAAGAAGAUAAUUGUGUUAAGGUGGUUUUGUUGACGAGUAAAGACAGAAU